UUAUUCUUGAGUAAUCGCUUAUUGACAAUAUUAUUGUUAAUGAAGUCAUGUCCAUUAGGGUUCAUGCUUUGUUAAGUCAAAACAAUAGUGACUCAGCCUAGCGCCGGGGCAGGCAGAGACGCUCCGUUGCAGGUACUUAAGCGCCGCGAGGAAAGCUUGUCAGCCAGUCGAAGCGCAGAGUUCAGAGUGGAAGGUUGUCCAAAAUGUUCCCCGAUUACGAAUAUUUCUUUUACCAAUACAAGGGCAUGUGCCCUUUCACGUGCCUGCCCUUGGAACUGGAAGAUUUCCAACCGCAUGAUUUGGCCGUGCCCGCCUAUAACGUUGUGGAAGAAUGUGAAGUGAUAACAACGGAGUCUUAUCAAAGCUCUGGAGAUGAGCCUGAUGAAGAUGACACGUGGACCGAGACCUACCCUGUCAGUCCCGUUGCCUCACCUAUCAACGAGCCGCCGUAUCAUUGGACUCAAGCAGUUGCCACGAGACUCGUGCCUGUGGCAGCUGACUUCAAAUUCUCAUUCACGAAGACAUUCAGUACUGACAGUGACGGUACAGAAACCGACGGUGACGAUGUAUGUGAGCAUUGCGGUCCUCUUGGCUCUACGCCGAGGAGGCAAUCCCGAAGGAGGCUGAUUAUAAUAACCAAAAUAAGGAAAAUUGACUUCGACGUGCCGGAGGAAUAA